AUGCUGUUCCCACUUGUUGCGUGUCUAGAUUUAAAUACUGUUGCCAUAAUUGAUGCAGGAUCAACAGGUACGAGAUUGAAUCUUUACAGUUUUGAUAAAUCAAAAAUAGAACUGUGUAAACAAUACAAACACCCAAAAGCAAUCAGUGAAGAAGCAUACGAAGAAGUGCUAAGUUCUUUGACCACAAAAUUAGACGAGAAGAUUCCACUGGGAUUCUAUGGCACUGCUGGAAUGAGACAAGAUUCAAACGGAAAAGAUCUAUUAAAAAAGAUCAAAACGUUCCUGAAAAAGUACAAUUUGGUUGAUUGUAGAAUACUGACUGGACCUGAAGAGGCAAUCGGAUUAUACGACGCAUUUGAGCACCUAAAAUAUCUAAAUGAUUACACACUGGUUGAUAUGGGUGGGAAUUCAACACAAGUUGUUGUAAAGAACCACAAUCACAUCACGAUCAAACAGUUUGAAACAGGAAUUCAGUCUAAAAAGAGCAUUAAUUUACCAAAAUUAUCAAAGCCAAAACACGUAAACAACCUGUACGUCUUCAGUGCGUUCGCUGAUUUACUGAAACAAUACAAAUCAAAAACUAUUAGAGAUGUUCAGAGCAAUAUUGAAGCAGAAUGUAAUGUAAAAGAAGAAUCUAAUAGUGCAAAAUGUAAGGAUUAUGCAUUCAUACUCAAUAUAAUCAGUCAGUUGAAUAUUUCAACAGAUUCAAAUAUUAAGGUACUGGAUGAUUUAAAUGAAAUGUACGUCUCAUGGCCUAUUGGAAUGGCAUUGAAAAUCCAAGACAAAAGAAGAUCAACUAAUUAA